UUUGGUGUGUUCAAUUGGUUUUGCGACGGGUGCUGUCGGCGAAGUGCAAGGCUGGAAUAAUCAGCUUCUGGACUCUGCUUCCCCCGGCUUGGCUACUCUGACGACGACGAAGUUGCCGCUGCCACCGCGUGGCCGGGAGUCAUGCCGUACUCGGACAACCUCUACUCCGCGCUGGACGACGAGUUCGAUGACGAGCCAAUCGGUGAAUACUCGAGCCAGCGCGGCGAGCAUGGCCCAGGUCUCACUGCUGCUCGACACGCAGGGCUGGACACGCACCACGCCUUUGCCGACACGUACGCGGAUCCCGGCGCGGCGGACCCGGGAGAGCUUGUAGACACUGAGGAUCCACAUGCUUUGUCUCCCACCGACGGCUACUUUGGAAGCGCGCCGGACACUCCGUCCGGCGCUGGGGUGCCCGCGUCGGCCCAGGUCCCUCAUGUGCCCAACGUUUUGGUCGAGGAUCCGUCUUUGCAACGGAACACUGCCGAGAGCAAGGCGAGGGAGGCAGAGCAGGAGAGAUUGCGCAGCGAACGGCGUUCCUCCGACACGGUUGAUGGUGGCAUGUCUGCCCACCCGCCCAAUACGACAGCCUCCGCGUCUCGAAACGGUGCCGCUGCCACGCGCGGCCUAACACCCGCCCCAAGCGUCGCCUCGGACUCCCAGUCGGCAGGGACCACGUACUACAGCCCGUCAUCGGCCAGUUACGUACGUCACGCGGCUACGCCAAGCUCAUAUACAACCUACUCGACGCGGACGUCUGUCUACCACGGCGAACGCUUUCCAUUCCUGCCCAGGGAGGCCCCCCCCGCCUACACGCCAUCCCCGACGUCCCCACCGGGCUCACACACAGUCGAUAUCCCAAGGAACUACAGCACUUUCUCACAGACUGGGGACGCUACCGUCAAUAUGGGCCGUCCGGAAGAAACCCAAGCCCUCCUGGCUCGCCAGCCUGAGAGCAUGCGAGACCACCCCGGUGGCUCUGAUGAGGAGUAUGCCACUUGGGGCAGUCGUUUGAGGAGCGCCAGACAGCAUGUCAACCGAGGGAACUGCAAGAUAGCUUUCGUUGCUCUGCUUCUCUUCCUGGUGACAGCUGGCUUCCUCAGUAGCCUCCUGACUGGUAGUAGAGACCAAACUGGUCGUCACGACCCUCAGCGCCCGCACCCCGGCGAGCCCAACAUGAGCUACCCCGAUGUCGACGACGGCUUCCGCUGGAACCCUGAGUUCUAUUGCAAAGAUGUCCAGAUUCCUCGCCACAUCCAGACCUACGACGCCACUUUCGGCACCGACAAGCAACUAGUCCUGCUGGAAAGGGUUGUCGACGACGACGGCCGCCGCACCUGGGAUGAGGUCCACGUUCAGGGCGCCGUCAUACUCCGCCGGUCCGGCCCUGACACGCCCAAUUCCGCGGUGACUGUAGAAGUCACCGUCACGGACGAGCGUCUCAUCGUCUCCUCCACCUGGGACGCGGAUUCGGGGACUCUGAAGGUGUCAGUGCCCCAUAGAGUCGAAUGGAGUCACGGCAGGCCAAGGGCUUGCGUCAACAUCAAGGUCAUCGUGUGGGUGCCCGAGGGCAGCAAGCUCAAGAGUCUCGAGGCCAAUGCUGUCCACCUUGACAUCAAGCUCCUCGACAACCUGUCCUUGUCGGUGGCAGACGGAACCAAACUAACCAGCGUCGUCGGCGCCAUAUCGGCAGCAGCCUCUACGGGCGCUGCCGCCGGCACCGACGAGCUCAUCGACACGGGGGCUCCGGAGUCCUUCUACUUCAAUUCCCGCAUCAUCGACGUCAAGACCGUGGCGGCGCCCAUCACGGGCUCCUGGCCGCUGUACGACUACCUCGGCCUGCAAUCCACCUCGGGCAACAUCAAAGUCACCCUGGACCCCAAGGAGGACGCCCCGGACCUGCCCAAGCCGGCCAUCCUCUACAUCAAGACGCUUUCCGGUGACGUCGACUUCCGCGCCCCGAUCCUGGCCGCCGAGCGCACCUUCCGCAUCGGCCAGGUCCUCCCGGCGCCGGCCGACCGCCUGCGCGCCGCCCGCCAGGCCGCCGCGCUCCUCCCGCCGCGCGACUACCGCGUGGAUGUGUAUACCACCAGCGGCGAAAUCACCGGCGCCGCCGCCUUCAGCGCCGACUCCACGUUCGUGUCCACCUCGGGCAAGCUCAGCCUGGACUUGCUGCCCGUGCUGCGCGCCGAGCAGGCGGAGCCCGGCGGGCGGUCCGUGGAGCUGAAGACGUCGAGCACGAGCGGUGCGACGGAUGUCAACGUGCUGGAGCCGCUCUGGGUGGGCCGCGCGGCGGAGUCUUCUUCUUCUUCAGCUGAGGCGGAGGCGCCGCCGUCGUCGUCUGCGCCGUACCUGCAGGGCGGCGGUGGCGGUGGGCAGCGCAAAGGCAGAGGCAAGCCGAGCUAUGCGCUGUUGAAGACGGCCCAGCCACAGGAAGGUGCUGCCGUCACCGCCGCUGGUGCUGCUGGCGACGGCGACAGCAACGGAAAUGGCAACGACAGCCCCCCGCCACCGCUGCGCUGCCUGUCGGGCUUGCACAGCACGGCGUCGGCCGACAUCCGCCUGCGGUACCCGGCCAGCUGGGAGGGCGACCUCAGCCUGGCCACGCUCUCGGGCUCGCUGCAGGUCGGCGGGGACGGCGUCCGCAUCGUGAAGUCGCGCAUUGACUGGCCCGGCGUGAACAAGCAGAUCCUGGCGCGCAAGGGGGAGAAGGGCGCCGGCGAGACCGUGGUUGCCAAGAGUACCGCGGGGAAUGUGCUGGUUUGGGUUGGGCAGGACUGAGCCGAACUAUUUUAUUGCUCGGCUCUGGUUGUUGGGUUUUUAUUAAGGGGUGAUCUGGCGGUUCGGGAUUGGUAGGUGUUUUUGG